AUAAUGGGCCACUUGAGAAGUUUGAAAUUGAUUGCGAUCUGCGGCGGUGAGGAAGACACAGAAAGAGUACCGCAGAAAUUGUCCAGCGGAUUGAUAAGGCGAUGACCAAUAUUGGAGGGUCUAUCUUUAGAGCGGAUACAGUAUAAUUGUGGCAUUUUUGUGUGAUUAGAUGAUCUCUUCAAGUACCAUUGAAAAUCACUUUGUAUAAAUACGGCUUGCCUAGUGAUCAUCCCUUCAGUUCUUUAGUAGACUCUCCCGUGGAACAAUGAAGUCCCUUUUGGUCUUUGUGCUUUUCUUAGUGGCCGUAUCGGCACUCAUUCAGCCGAAAAAUGAUUUCUCUAGUCGUGUAACGGGUGGACAGAGCGCCAUUCCCUAUGCUCAUCCCUUCAUGAUUGCCGUAGAGCUGGUGCUUACUCCAGUGCAUCGGCAACAGUUCUGCGGUGGAAGUCUUGUUCAUCUUCACUGGGUUCUUUCGGCCGCUUCCUGCUUCGAUGAUCUGCCCAUUAUUGGACGCGUCGAAGUAGCUUCUGGCCUCUACCAACUCUCCAACCGCACCUUUGCUCAGGAACGCGAAGUCGGUUCCAUUGUCACACAUCAAGAUUACCAAGGUGGAGUCAGUGCCAAUGACAUUGCUCUUCUGCACGUUGAAGAACCAUUCACUAUUGACCUGUACACACAACCUAUUCGCCUACCAACACCCAAUGCCAUGCACGACGGCUAUGUGACGCUCUUUGGAUGGGGAGACACCUCAACAACCGAAGAACCAAGCUUCCCCGAUAACCUUCAGGCUGUAGUGACACCCAUUCUCAGCUACGUAGACUGCUACCAGCACCUUCGUAGUAGGACACCUCUCGUUGCCAGCAACAUGUGCACAGGACCUCUUCUUGGAGGCAUCUCCCACUGCACUGGUGACGCUGGUGGACCCCUCACUCAGCAAAAUGAGGUCGGAGAGUACGAACUUGUAGGCAUCUGCAGUUGGGGCUUCACUCCAUGCGGAGCCUUUGGAGCUCCUUCAAUCUACACCCGCGUUUCCGCUUUCAGUGGAUGGAUUGUCAAUGUGAUCACAUAAGAUCACAUUUGCUGGUCACGCAAAAAAACCCUAUUUUGUAAUAUGAGAGAAAUUAUUGAAUAAUGUGAGAGAAUAAUAAAAUAAAACAACAGUGUAUAAGUUUUGUAGUAUAAUCCGAAGCAGUAA